AUGCUGCAAGCGCUGAUCAUGGACGCUCUCUGGAAGAUCCAGCCACCUUCGAACAGCGACUAUUGCACCACAGCCCAGGGCGCCGCUUUAGACUGUCAUGUUGGAUGCAAAGAAAUGCACGAUGUCAGUGUGCCAGUGCCCGGCCUCGUACCCAAGUCGGGAAGUGCGAACAUUCAUCGCUACUGGGAUCCGCUUACUUGGCACGACACAAAUCCGAUUGUGUAUUUGGACUGUGAAGGAUUUGGCGGAAGCAAUGAGCCGCAAGCCUUGGACUGGCUAAGUAGGGUGGCAGCUGUCAGCAUGGAACCGAGCACCAGAAAUCGAAGAAAUUUGAUCGAAGAGCUAAUACCAAUGCUCACUUACGCGUUCAGUGACGUGAUUGUCCUCGUGGUCGAUUCAACAAAGACGAUGGAAGCCAAGGUCGCGAGUCUUAUCGAGCGUCUCAAAGCUGGUGCAGAGAGAGUGUCGAACAUGAAAAUCAAACCCUGCCUUGUUGUCGUGUGCACUAAAACCGAGGAGCAAAAAUUUGGGACACUGGGAGGAAAGCCAGACGUUGAGGACUGGUCGACCUAUUUCUCGGACUUGAAGUUCCGCAAGCUCGCACCUCUGUCAAGCCUUGAAUUCAUCGAGGACAUCGCAGGGCUGAGUAAACUGCUGCGAGCUCUGCGAGUCAGCGUUCACCAAGCCCGCGACGACGUCGGAUUCCUUGUCAAUCAAAUGCAGCUCACCGCGCACUUUAGGAAGGCAAUGGCGAGCUUGGAACGUGUCAGUGACGGCUCCGCAAGAUUUGAUUGGAUACAAGCUACCAGGGAGCUACGCCCAUUACCCGAAACUUUGGAAGCCAGGCUAAUUGCCUCUGCCAACGCGUUCCUCACACCAUCGCCCGCGUCCGACAAUUUUGCUGAGAUUGUGAGAGGUGAAUUGUUGGCGCAUCUCGCCCGUUGCAUUUACGAUUGGAAGCGAGAUACAGCCUCAGAUAUCAUGGAGGAUUCGAUACCCAAGAUGUUCAAAGAAGAGCUUUCAUCUCUGGAGGAACAUGUGAAAAACCUCGAGCCGUGCGCCUACGCAAACAAAGUUGGACAUGCAUGCAUCAAUCUUCGUGGGAGCCAUCAGAGACACCAAUUUCUGGACAAGUCGGGCUCCCCUGCAAGAAGCCUCAAAGGGGAAUUCAAGCCUGCAGCACCUUGGCCUUUACCGGCAUUCGAAGUUAUUGUUCGCCGCCAUCUAGCAACUGUACGUCAGCUGUACGAAGAUGCAGGUGUUUCCAAAGCGUACUCUUCGCUCCAAAAACCCAGAGAUUGCUCACAAACGCCAGGGUACUUGCUAUCAAGACCGAAGAGCAACUCUGUCUGCCUUAGGUGUCUCAUCGAUCCUCCGCACUAUGCGCUCAAGUGCGGACAUGCACUAUGCAAAGUUUGCCAGGCUCGGUUCAGCAUCCCUGGAGACUCUGCACGUGCUAUUUGCCCCCUCCACGAGACAGAUCGUUUGGAGGCGACACCAGGUCCAGUGUGUCCUUCGCCACUUCAAGAGGGCUGUGGCCAUCGUAUUCUGUCACUCAGUGGAGGUGGCGUAAGAGGCUUGAGCCAGCUGAUAAUUCUUGAAAAGCUAUCUGAGGCCACCUACUGGAUCCCAAUCGCUUGCUUGUUCGACCUGGUCGUGGGCACUUCAAUUGGAGGUUGUCUAGCGCUCGCACUACUUCACGGGGAAGAAGACCGCGUAUCUCUGACGAUCAGUGACGGCAAAUCCCACUCCAAUGGGCGAGCCGCAUUCAAAUUAGCCCUUAACGGAUGUUUCGAAUCCAAACAGCGCGUCUCUUGGCUCCAAUGGCUCUGGACUACGGACAAAGCGGUACGCUACUGGCCUGAUGGCCUUCGAGCUGCUAUGAUGGGAUUGCUCUCGCGUCAAGGAGGCUCAGGCGCCGAAGCACAUUUCCCUAUGUUUUCAGGAAGGGAGCAGUUCCCGCACCGACGGAUGCCUCACAUUGCGGUAUAUGCCUCUCGGUUGCUGGACGCGUGGGUCUCGCAAGCGAUUCCCAAUUUCAUUAUGGGGACCGACAAGUCGUGCUCUGUCUCUGAGUCUAUCACGCUCCUGGAUGCAGCGCAGGCCACCUCAGCCGCAUGGCCGUACUUGCCGCCACACGUAGUCGGCGGCAUAGAAUACUUUGACGGUGCCUUCAGCGCCAACACGCCGGCGAGACUUGGACAAGACCUUGCUCAAGAGCUGUGGAAGUCUAGUUGUCUCGAUUUCAUUGUUUCCAUCGGCACUGGAAUCGUCCAAGCUCCGUCUCAAGAAGAUUUGAGCCGUGGACCUGCGACGUACUCGCGGAUUUUGGUUGCAUGUGCUGCCGCUCUGACCGAUCACACUGGAGAACAUGGUGCCCCUGUCGGCCCGCCUGACCGGCAAGCGGUCUUCAAUCCUGCUUGGGAUCAAAAGUUGUCGGGCGUGGACAAAGUCGAAGACAUGGAGAAGAUUGAGAAGAAGACUCUCGAGUGGUGCAGUCGGCAAGAAGUCAGCGAUCAGAUAAGAGGGACGGCAAGAAAGCUGCUCAGCCUUACGUGGUAUGUCGAUCCAACCGACCGAGUCGACUCGGGUGGGGUGACCACAUUGCACAUCAAGUCAAGAUUGCCGCGUGCUGAAGCCGUUAAGCUAGUUCAAAAAGAGUUGCAAGAGUGUCGCAAGCAAUCCACAGGAGCUCCUGGAACCAACGCCUACAAGCUCUUCGAGAUCGGAAGUAGGCGGGGACUCAUCUGGCUUGACGUUGAACAAAUAUUCAGGAAUUUCCCGGGCAGUCAGUAUGAAUCGGCUUACUCGUGUCUGCUGGACAUUGAACUCAAAGUGUCGACGCCCGAAGGUUCUGAGCCGCUCGAGUUGUUCAUCAAGUAUGGGCAUGGGUCCGAAAAGCAACCAAUUAGCAACGGAAACCCCUGGAUCUCCCCAUGA